CGGAAAGGCAGGACAGGGCGGGUGCGCUCCGUCGGGCGUAGCUCCUCCUCUCCGCCGCAGGCUGCGCACGCUACACCCUGCCAGCAGCUUGCUCUAAAGCGGUUCUUUAGCCGGGAAAGCGCGGCCUCGUGCCUCUCAGUAGUCAUCCAGUGAGAAGCCGGGGGUGUGGUGGGGGUAAGGAGCCCGCCGAGUACUUAGGGACUCGCCGCGGCUUUGGCCAGCCUACUGCGGACUCUGGAGCGCGCCUUCGGUUUGUCGCGAGGAGUCGUAGAGCGGCCACCGGGCUGCACCAUGGUGACCCCCUGCCCCACCAGUCUCGUGAGUCCCGCCGCCCGGGCUGGGAAGCGGGACCACGACCAGAACCUCCGCGCCCCGGUGAAGAAGAGCAGGCGCCCACGUCUCCGGAGAAAACAGCCGCUGCAGCCGCUGAACCCGUGCUCGCUCCCCGGAGACUCCGGUGUUUGCGACCUGUUCGAGUCCCCCAGCUCCGGGUCUGAUGGUGCAGACAGUCCCGCAGCAUCCGCGGCGCUAGGCUGCAGCCCCCUACCCGCUCCUGCCCCGCAGUUUGCGCAGCUAGAUCUACAGACCUUCCGUGACUACGGUCAGAGCUGCUACGUCUUCCGCAAGGCGCGGGAGAGCCACUUCCACCCGCGGGAGUCGCUGGCGCUGCAGCCACAAGUAACGGCGGAAUCCCGCUGUAAGCUGCUUAGUUGGCUGAUUCCAGUGCACCGCCAGUUCCACCUCUCCUUCGAAUCUCUCUGCCUGACGGUGAACACUCUGGACCGCUUUCUUACCACCACGCCUGUGGCUGCAGACUGCUUCCAGCUGCUUGGGGUCACGUCCCUGCUCAUCGCUUGCAAACAGGUGGAGGUACACCCACCGCGCGUGAAGCAGCUCCUGGCCCUGUGCUGCGGCGCCUUCUCUCGGCAACAACUCUGCAACCUCGAGUGCAUCGUGCUGCACAAACUCCACUUCAGCCUGGGCGCGCCAACCAUCAGCUUCUUCCUGGAGCAUUUCACGCACGCUCGUGUGGAGGCCGGGCAGGCUGAGGUAUCAGAAGCCCUGGAGGCACAAGCCCUGGCGCGUGGUGUGGCAGAGCUGAGCCUGGCCGACUAUGCCUUCACCAGCUAUACUCCCUCCCUGCUGGCCAUCUGUUGCCUGGCGCUGGCUGACCGUAUGCUACAGCUCCCGCGCCCCGUGGACUUGGGCCUAGGUGGGCACGCCGAGGCUGCAGUGCAGGACUGCCUGGGCAAGCUGCAGCUACUAGUGGCCAUAAAUGAGACCUCCUUGACUCAUAUGCUGCCUUUCCAGAUCCUAGAGAAGUGCAGCCUGUCUCCGAAAUUGAAAUGAAAUACACAUUUGUCUGUCUACCCUGGCCCGACUGCUGGACCUCUCCCAUUGCUGUGAAGGAGAGCAGUCUUGGUCCCUAGAGGACUUCAUGGCUCCCAGCUGGUCACGAGGUCAUCCUGCAGGUUGUAAAUAGUGUAUAAUAAGAGCGCCUCCUCCUUUAUUUAUUUUACUAAGCCCACCUGACAGACCUUAGUCGUUCCCCAAUAAACGGGCUAUCAGUC